ACCCUUUGUUUACACCCACGUGUUGACAUAAUGUCUGACCCUGAGGAAGGAAAUGAGGGAAAUGGUGAAUUGCCAGCCUCUUCUCUAGGGACUAAGGAACAUUGGGAUAACGAAUAUGCUAGAGAACUUGAAGUUUUUAAAGAAUUCGGUGACAUUGGCGAAGUCUGGUUUGGGUACGACUGUCAGACAAGAGUUGUUAACUGGAUCAAGGAAUCAUCUUGUAUCAGUCUUGAAUCAAAUAUCAUUGAUUUAGGAUGUGGAAACGGAUCAUUGCUGAUUGAACUGGCAUGUAGUGGGUAUACCCAAUUGACUGGUAUUGACUAUUCAGCUGCUGCUGUGGAAUUAGCGAAACAAAUUGCUCUCAAGGAAAAAGCAAAAGUUAAAUUCUUAUGUGGUGACAUACUAACUGAUGACACUAUUGAAGACAUGAUUGGUCAGAUUGAUCUGGUUCUUGAUAAAGGUACUUAUGAUGCUAUAAGUCUCUCGCCUAACGAAGCAAAGACUAAGAGAAAAGCUUAUAAUGAGUCUGUAUUGAGUCUACUUAAGAAGGAUGGCCUCUUUAUUAUAGUGUCUUGCAAUUGGACACAGGAUGAGCUUAAGGACCAGUUCAGUUCAGGUUAUGUUGUUUUGGAUACAAUCCCCUCCCCGUCCUUUUGGUUUGGUGGGAACGUCGGCCAAACAACAUCUACUGUAGUCUUUAAGAAGACAUAAAAAUCAAUAAAAUAACAAUAAUAAUAAUAAUAAUAAUAAUAAUGAUAUGUGUGAUGAAUGCUACAAGAGUUUAAUAAUUAGUUUUACUGUUAAUUUGACUAACAGUUGUGUACCAAUAAUUUGUUUUUUGUAUCAUAGUAACUAUUAUUUUUAUUUUUUCCCAGUGAUCAAUUUUUUCAUGCAUAUAGU